GGGGGCCGGGUAAAGAAGCAGCAGCCGCUGAUGGGCGCAGAGUCACCGCGCACCGCUUGGACCGGAAGCUGGGGUGGGCACAAAUCCGGCCCGGAUCACCUUGCUCACAUUGCACCCACAAGUAUAUCUCACUUCCGACUUGCAUCGCUACGUCUUCUCGCUCAUCUCAGCAACGCAUCAACACUCCCACAGUCCCCCUCCCCUCCCCCACCUCACCAUCCCCACUACAGUCACCAUGGCCUCCACAUCUUGCACAGAGUUCUGGCGCGGCGUGCCCAUGGGCCCGCCCGACCCAAUUCUUGGUGUCACCGAGGCAUUCCGCCGCGACACGAACAAGUACAAGAUCAACGUUGGUGUCGGUGCCUACCGCGAUGAGAACGGCAAGCCCUACGUCCUCGAAUCGGUCCGCAAGGCCGAGGACAAGCUCCACGCCCAGCUCACCGACAAGGAGUACCUCCCCAUCACUGGCCUGAACGACUUCCUCGGCCUCGCCGCCAAGCUCGCGUACGGCCCCGACAGCAAGCCUCUUCAGGAGAACCGCGUCGCCGUUGUCCAGUCCAUCUCGGGCACGGGUGCUCUGCGCAUCGGCAUGGAGUUCUGCGCCGCCUUCUACCCCGGUGUCCGCGCCAUCUACCUCCCCAAGCCCACAUGGGGCGCCCACCCCGCCAUCGCCGAGAAGGCUGGCCUCUCCGUCCGCCGUUACCGGUACUUCGACGACAAGACCAUGGGUCUCAACUUUGAAGGCCUCAAGGCUGACCUGGAGGACGCGUUCGACGGCUCCAUCAUCCUCCUGCACGCGUGCGCGCAGAACCCCACCGGUGUCGACCCUACCCCCGAGCAGUGGAAGGAGAUCGAGCAGAUCAUCCGCCGCAAGCACCACCUCCCCUUCUUCGACAUGGCUUACCAGGGCUUUGCGUCCGGUGACGUCGACCGCGACGCCUUUGCCCUCCGCUACUUCGUUGAGCAGGGCCACCAGGUCGCUCUUUGCCAGUCGUUCGCCAAGAACCUCGGCCUGUACGGCGAACGCGCCGGCACCUUCUCGAUGAUCACCUCGUCUCCGGACGAGAAGGAGCGCGUCACCUCGCAGCUCAAGCGCGUCAUCCGUCCCCUCUACUCCUCCCCUCCCCUCCACCCGGCUCAGCUCGUCGCCACCAUCCUUGGCGACCCCGAGCUAUACGCCCAGUGGCUCGGCGAGGUGAAGAAGAUGGCCGACCGCAUCAUCGACAUGCGCGAGAAGCUGUACAACCGCCUGGUCGAGCUCAAGACCCCCGGCUCGUGGGAGCACAUCAAGUCCCAGAUCGGCAUGUUCUCCUUCACUGGCCUGACCCCCGAACAGGUCGACAACCUCGGCAAGUAUGCGCACAUCUGGAUGACGCGCGACGGGCGUAUCUCCAUGGCCGGGUUGAAUGACCACAACAUCGACUACUUUGCCGAGAACGUGUCCAAGGCCAUCAAGGGCGAGUUGAUUCCCCACUCGGCUCUGUAACGGCGCUGUUCUGGAGAUGUGGAGGAGAUAAUACGCGAGUGCAAGGGGUAUAGUGCCCGAGCAGCGGAGAGUGUACGGGAGGAGUGGCGAUCUUUGACCUGCGGUUGUUUGUGACAGUGUAGACGUAUACAGCGGAGAAUGCAUACAGGACUUUAGAGC